AUUUCCACAGUUCAAAUUCUGGAAUUGAAAUGGCGGAAACAUUAACAACUUGGCAUUUCGGGACGAAGGAAGAACAAAGGGUAUCAACUACCGACACAAUCAAAGGUGUGGUAGCUAAGUUGUUGAAGGAUAUAGAUGUAAACGACAAAAGACAAGUAAUUCCUCUUGGCAAGGGAGAUCCCUCGGACUCUCCAUCUUUUAAGGUGCACCCUAUAGCUGAAGACGCCGUUGCUGAAGCUCUUCGAUCGGGUGAAUUCAACUCUUACGCCCCAGAUGGAGGCAUUCUCUCAUCAAGGAGGUCUGUUGCAGAAUAUCUAUCUCAUAGUCUUCCUUAUGAACUAUCCUUCGAAGAUGUAUAUCUCACUGCUGGUACCAAACAAGCAAUUGAUAUCAUGAUGUCUGUUCUUGCUCGGCCUGGAGCCAAUAUUCUGCUUCCCAGACCAGGUUUCCCAUUGUAUGAGUCCUGUUGUCGACUUAAGAACAUCGAAGUUCGUCACUUUGAUCUUCUUCCUGAAAAAGACUGGAUUGUUGAUCUUGAUGGUGUAAACACUUUAGCUGACGAAAACUCUGUUGCUAUGGUCAUAAUCAAUCCUGGGAAUCCAUGUGGGAAUGUUUACACUUACGAGCAUCUACAAAAGGUGGCUCAAACUGCUAGGAAGCUUGGGCUGCUGGUGAUUUCAGAUGAAGUUUAUGGAAAACUUGUUUUUGGAGAUACUGCUUUUGUUCCAAUGGGUGUGUUUUCAUCUAUAGUUCCUGUCAUCACAUUGGGAUCGAUAUCAAAGAGAUGGAUUCUUCCUGGUUGGAGACUUGGCUGGAUUGCGAUUUCAGACAAUGAUUGCAUACUAAAGACAUUUAAGAUUGUUGAUUGCAUCAAGUGCUGUCUCAAAAUUACCUCUGGACCAGCAACCUUUAUUCAGGCGGCUAUUCCUCAAAUUCUCUCGAAAACUCCAGAGGAUUAUUUUGAAAAUACUCUCGCAAUUCUAAGAGAAGCUGCAAAUCUUUGUUGGUAUGAACUGAAGGAUGUUGCCUGCAUUAGUUGCCCAUAUAAGCCAGAAGGAAGCAUGUUCAUAAUGGUAAAGCUAAAUCUAUAUUUAUUAGAUGGAAUAAAAGACGACAUAGAGUUCUGUGUCAAGCUUGCAAGAGAGGAGUAUGUGAUCAUUUUGCCAGGAAUAACUGUUGGGUUAAAGAAUUGGCUACGGAUUACCUUCGCCAUUGAGCUGACGUCUCUUAAAGAUGGACUCUCUAGGAUAAAAGCAUUCUGCAAAAGGUACACGAUGAAAUAUUGAAUUCGAUAAUGAACUCGAUAUGGAACUGUUGCUUUGAUUUUAUAAAAAUGUUGUACAAACAAACUAAUUGGCUAAACAAAAAUCAUUUAUGGGGGGAAACAGGGAAGUUCAAAUGAGAAAGAAGAACUCAAUUUCUAUUUCUCACAUUGAAACGUUUUAUUUAAACCAAAUUUAAUUUUCAAUGAUUGUGUAGUAAUUUUUUAUUUAAUGACCAUGAUGGGGAAUCAUCUCUUGUUGAAUCU